AUGCUUGGAUCGAAUAACAGUAUCAAUUCUAUUGACCUUCCAUAUGAUAUUCCGUAUUUUGAUGAUUUUUAUACAGAAAUUUCUAUUUUGGCCAAUGGUUUAUUUGCAUUGAACUCGCUAUUGACUCCCUAUCAAUACAAUGAUCCUCAACCGUUUCCAUUACGAGACAAUGACUCGAUUAUCGCUGGGUAUUGGUAUCAAGGUUAUCACAAUCAGAUAUAUAACAACAGAACAGAAAUUUAUUAUCAAAUUCACAGCAAUACAACAAAUUCCAGUUCAUCACAGAAAGCAUUUGCUAAAGCCAACGAAUAUAUUCAAAAGUAUCUUUCAACCCAACGUACAUUUCAACCUAAGAUGGUAAUCACGAGUACAUGGUUAUGGAUCGGUUCAGCGGAACCAAAUUCGAGCAAUACAUUCCAAAUCGUGUUAACCACCGACGAAGAGCGUAGCUUUGUCUUCUUCCUUUACCAUCAACUUCAAUGGGCAAAUCCAGCUAAUAGUUCAUUUUACAGAGUUCAAGCAGGAGUCAAUCAUGAAAGACGAAAUGUCUCUAUAUCACUUCCAUAUACAGAUACAGAUGACAUUGUCAAGUUAGUUAAUGAAAGUAAUGUCAAUGUGCCAGGAUUAUUCGUUUAUCGUGUUGAUACUCUUGAUGUUAAUGCAAGUCGAUGUGCUGAAAAUGCAUCGACAAUUUCAUUUCGGCCACGAUUCGGUUCACAACUCGGUUCGACACCUUUGAUUAUCUACGGCCCGUGUUUCACUGAUCAAACUCAGAUCAAAUGUCGAUUCGAAGGGUCGCACAUUGUCACAGGAUUUGUUCUAGAUCAAAAUCGUGCUUUAUGUCGAACACCAUUCGUAUCCAAACAUCAUUCAGGACCUGUCGAGAUAUCUAUUGAUAAUGGGCAAACAUUUCUCCCAGCAGGUACUUUUCUUUAUCUUCCAGUUCAAUUCGGUUCGAAUGAAGUGACCGUCGAAGUUGAGAAUGGACAGAAAUUACCCAACACCGGAGAUUAUGUCACUGUAAAAUGGCAAUUUUCGAAUAGAGUCAAAAACAUAUUUCCGAAUGGUGCUGUUAUCGAUAUUGAACUAUUGAAGGUGCGUCUUAAUAGUCUUUCACAAUUGGACAUAGCUUCUAAGAGUGUUGUGUUGGCAUCGAAUUUGUCUAUGAUGAAUGAACAUCGAGUUCGAAUACCUGAAGAUAUUCUCACUGGAUUUAUUCGAGUUGUUGUUCGUUUGAAUUCAAAUGUUUAUGCUGGUAUACAUUCCGAUCUAUUGGUUAUGAAUAGUUCCUCAAAUUCAGCGGCUGAAUCGUGUCGAAAAUGGGCUGAUCAACAAACUGAUCCAGCUGACUGGAAUGAUGGUCCACUUCUGCCAUGUCCUAUGACCACUGAUCAAGUCAAACGAGCAGGUUUCUGCUGUUACGAACCAGAAGCGCAUUGUUAUAAAAACAGUCCGAAUUCAAAUAAUUGUUGGCUACACAAAGGUCGUUCUGAUCGCCAUGAAUCUUCGGCAGUCGAAUGUUACACAUCAAAAUACGCGAAUGCUCAUGGUGCCAGCGCACAAUGUUGUUAUGAUGAUAAGGGAAUGAUUAUAACACGUGGUACAGGUGCAGGAACAGAUGAUCGAUAUCGACCAACCAGCACACCGUUACAACAUUUUUUCCAUGAUUUCGUUCCGUAUUUACAAUGCUGUAUAAUCAGUACGGAUUUUGAAACCUGUAAUAUGUAUAUGACCUAUCGACCACCACGACGAGGAAGUAAUACGAUGGGUGAUAGUGGUCGAAUGUGGGGUGAUCCUCAUUUUGGUACACUUGAUGGGUUUUCUUAUACAUUUAAUGGUUACGGAGAAUAUACGUAUCUAGCAAUAAGUAACAAAUCAUCGCCCGCUGCUGAUUUUAAUGCGAACGGACAGUCAUAUGUAUUUCUAUCGCAAAUACGUACUGUUCCAAUUGAAACAAAUGGACCUACUGUUACAAAAGCUUUCGCUGCUCGGUCGUUUGAUGCCGAAAGUAAACCAAUAAGUUUAACAACAGAUUCUCGUCAUAGUAUUAUUUUACAUCGUGAUAAACAGGUUAUCGAAUGGGAGGAAGAUAUUAAUAAAAUCGUCUUUCCUGAACUAACCAUUGUUCGAGAAAAUGAUUAUCAAUAUCAAUUUUCAUGGAAUAUUGGUGUUACUAUCGUAGUUAAUAUCGUACGAAUUACUUUACCAUCGAAGCAAUUUGUUCUUAAUGUUGGUGCUUUCAUCUCUGGAGACUUUUCUCGCAAAACAUAUGGAUUAAUGGGCACUUAUGAUGGCAAUCCAGACAACGAUCUUCGAGCUUCCAAUGGUACAAUAAUCAGUAAAAACACGUCAAUUAAACAAAUUCAUGAAGAUUUCGGCAAGUCAUGGGCAAUUGAUCCAACAACUUCGUUAUUUAUCUACAACUCAGAUAAAACAGCACAAUGGUUUUCUGAUCAAAAUCGUAUUUUUACACCAUCCUUUACUAGACCACCACCAAACCAUUCUUCCCAUCAAGUUACAUGCGGUAUUAACCCAACAUUACCAGAAACGUCAUGGAGUUCAGCUCAACGAACGUGUUCUUAUGAUUUAUCCAUAACAAAUGAUACUGAUUUCGCAAAAGAAUCUCUGAAAGCCGGUGAACAAUUUGAACGCAUGCAGAUUCGUUCACCAGAUUAUCCUUUAUUCAAUUCAAGUCUUCCUCUAAGAAUGGAUUUAAUAGCAAAUGAUAUUGUUGAACUAAAUCUGUCUCCAUUACGAGACAAUUCAUCGAAUAUCACCCUCUCAUCGAUACAUUUACCAUCUAACUCGACGCUCAAUACAUCCACUGGUGUUUUUCGCUGGACUACAAUCGAAGGCGAUCAUUAUCUCAUUGUUCAAGCUCAUGAUCAACAGAAAAAUUUAACAACAAAACAUGACAUCGCGUUUCACGUCAAACCUGCUGGUCGCAGUAACACUAAUGACUUCAAAGCAACGAAAUUUCUUUUCAUCCUUCUCAUGAUUAUUCAUCUAUUGCGUUGA